AUCGGCUUCCGUCUUUUUCCUGUUCUGCAGCUUAUUUUCCGCCCGAACUCGUCACGUGGGCCGAGUAGAAUGUUGACGCGUUCUCUGAUUGGAGGACGCUCGAAGCCUGCUUAUCCUUUCCCUCAGGAACAGCGGGUGGCUCUUUGCCGGCAUGAAGGCAGCAUCGGCGGCGUCGGUGCUGCUGCUUCGCGGCCGCUGCGGCUAUGUCGCUCUCCGCCGCGCUCCCUUUCCCGCUGCUGCCCCCUUCCUUCGGGCUGUCCGUACCCCGGAGCCUCCCCUUUGGCCGGCGCUGAGACCUCCAGCGUGCCAGUUCUCUGCAAAUUCCAAAAACGUCUUCUCUGCCUUGGUUUCCAAAGCUAAGCGCAUUAAUGACAAAUAUGAAAGGUUUUUGGAAAGAACAUUCCCACGUUUCUAUAAGCUGUAUUCAACUUUUUUAAAAGGGUUUCGGAUAUUUUUCUUGGAAGUAAAAGAAAUAAGAAGGAUAAAAGAAAAGAUGUCUCACAAAAACAUCCAGUUUCAUCAGCUUCCAUACAGAGAGAUGGAAAGACUAAGGCAGUUUCGCAGAGACGUGAUCAAGGCUAUUCCUGUUGGCAUUCUCUCUCUUCCACCCUUUGCCAACUAUCUGGUUCUUUUGCUUAUGUAUCUAUUCCCAAGACAACUUUUGAUACGGCACUUUUGGACUCCAGAACAACAAGCUGAGUUUCUAAAUACAUACCACAACAUAAGGAAGGAGGCAUAUCCUGAGGUGCUUGAUGGUCUACAGCAUCUGUCACACACCUUAGAUGAUGCCCACCUCCGCAAACAGAUGCUGGAUCUCUGCAAAAAGGUGCAGGAAGGAAGCCACCCUGAUAUAAAAGAACUUAGAGCUGUGAGGACCUUAUUUGUGGGGCACCCCUUUGGCAUCCAGAAGCUCAGGGUUCAGCAAGUGAAAGUCCUAAGUCGUGUUCUCUUCCUGACUCCUCGCUUGCCAUCUUUCUUCCUAAGAUCUCGCUUGCGAAGCCAUGUGUUGGAGCUUUACCACCUGGAUCAUGCCAUGCUGAAACUGGGAGUUAGAGAGCUGACAGAUGAAGAAGUGCAAAUGGCCUGUUACAUUCGUGGCUUGAAUUCUGUCCACCUGAGCCCAGCAGCAUGCAGGCUGUGGCUGGACCAAUGGCUAGCGUUGUCCUGCUCUCUGAAAGGUGUUGAAGCUUCACUCUUGGCCCAUGGCAUGGUCUUACUUUCCACCAACUUCACCCAAUCAUCUAAGGGCUGACCAUGGGAGCCCUUAGCUUUGGACCAUUUCUGAAGAGAUGCUGCCAUGGUGACUCCUGGCUGAACCAGAAGGGGACAUGGAUUUUUGCUUGAUUAAGAGUGGCAAGAGUCCAGCAGGUGAGGUUUCUCCAGCACUUACUAGCCUUAUUGUUAAGGAGAAACACUACCCCGUGGGUAAUAUUCUUCCCACUAUGAUGGAGACCAAUGUGUUGUCAAAAUGGUGCUAGACAAAAUAACAGCAAAAUGGAUUCUACCAUGUUUUUGAUUGGGUCUAGCUAAGCAAUGUGGUUCUGCUUUGACACAAUCGUUACUUUUACUUGUGGUGUCAAACAGUAUGGGACAUAUCUGAUGAAGGUGAGGUUGGCAACUGCACAGAGCAGUGUUUUGGCCUAAAACUCCCAGAAAUCCCAGCCAGUUUAGAAGCUGCUAGGAUUUCUGGGAGUUGAAGGCCAAAACACCUGGGGACCCACAGGUUGAGAACCACUGGCAUAGAGCAAUAAUGCCUCCACACCUAAUACUUUCAAUGACAUCCAUCCAGCAGUAAUACAAGUAGUGUUUCCUUCUCUUUUUCAUGUGUGGUUAGCUUCCUCCCCCAUUUUAACUUCACGAGAAAGUGUUCAUUUUACAAACAUGCAUGGGUAUCCCAGUGACCUUUCCCUGCAGGAAAAAGAGCAGGGCAAAUCUAAUCCAGCGCUGUUUGAAGCAUGAUUGUCUGCUGGGCACCUGUUUUUCAAAAGGUGUGAUAAAAUGUAUUAGGCAAAGGUGCUGCAAAAUGUAAAGAAAUAAGCAGGAUUCUUGCAGUAAUUAUACAGAAGCAUUUCACUGCAGUCCCUACCAUGUGUCCACUUCUGUGCCCCUGAACACAAAAUCAUGUUGCCUUCCCAAUGGUGUUAGAACUGCAACUCUCAGCAUUCCUCCUAUUGGCGAUGCUUAGGGCUGCUGGGAGCUGCACUUAAGUGAUCAUGAUGUGAGGCAGGUGGGAAGAGGAAGCCAUGUCUUCUUGUACACUGGAACUUUAGCUAAAAUGAAAAUUGUGUAAACUGGUGAUUGAAGUAAUCAUUAAAAAUAUGCAAAUUGUAAGGAAUGAUUGGUGUCUCAACUGUAUAAAAGAUAAUAUGGAAUUGUUAGCACUAAUGGUUAAUAAAGACAAAGCUUCAUUUUUUCCA